AUGGAAACUUCUGAAAGCAAACCGAAGAAAAUAUGUUUAUUUCAUGAUGUCAAAUAUCGUAAUUAUAUUCAACGAAUUUUGAAUUUAUUGCGUAAAACAGAUUUAAUCGAUCCAUCUUAUAACUACAAUGGUGUUAAAAAAAUGAUUUGUUCAUGCAGCAAUCCGUCCAUGCAAACAGAUCCACUUUUACCACCAACAACUACUAUUCAAAAUAAAAAUAAGAAAACGUCGAAAUCCCAAUUUGUUACUUAUGAAGUGUUCUAUUUGUGUACAAAAAAAUAUCCACAAUGGCCAAACGAUAUUAACUUUAUUUUAUCGACAAAAAUCGAAAAAUUGGACGAUGCAAUAAGUAAAACCAAAUUGUAUACAUUUCUUAUAAAUUGUAUCGAACAAAAAGAACUAUCAAAAACACCGGAAUUAAUCAAAGAAAGAACAUAUAGUCAAGUAGUUGCGAAACCGAGAGGUCAGUUGAAAAACAAAUUCGUUGUUAUUUUAUUAUUUUUUCUCUUUGUUUUAAAUACAGACGAAUUAGCGAUUAUUUCAACAACCCCGCCAGUAACAGUUCGUCGACGACGGAAAAAGUUGCCCUGUAUAAAAAUUACAGAAAUACUCGAUUAUCCCCCAUUAAAGAUUGGUUAUUUAAUAGGUGUAAAAGGAAAAUGCCAUAAACAAAUUACUAGUGAAACGCGUACAAUUAUCCAUUUUCAUUUACCAUAUAUGAAUUUAAACCAGUCAAAUCGUUAUGAACCACAGUUUGAUUUAGACUGUCUCAUGUCUCCCGUGACUACAGUCGACAUUUAUGGACAGUCUCAAAUCGAUGUACAGCGAGCAUAUAAACAAUUACAACAAUUAGUGGAAAAAUUAAAAUUAUAUAAAAAACCACCACAAAAACAAAGGGGUCCAUUUAAAUACGAAUGUAAUAUCUGUCAUUUUGUGAUUGAACGUCGCACCCGCCAUCACCCAUCAAUGUCUGAUUAUCCAAUACAAAAUUAUCAUCCUGGUCACAUUGUUCGUACUCGAGAUCGAGGACAUCAACGAAUAAAAUAUGUUUGGUCAUGUUGUUCGCUCAAUGCGAAAAGUGAAGAAGAUGAUUCUAGAUUUAGGCAUGAAUGUCAAACAUGUGAAGACCAUGAUUUUUCAUUGAGUGAAUGA